AUGUGCGAGCUCAUGAUGGAGACCGCGUCUCUGAGUGCACACCACCAAAGUCUGGAGUCUCCAUCUCCCACUCAACGUGACCAUGAGGUGUUCUGGAUGCUGUAUCGCACUUUUUGCUAUUGGUACGUCGUCUCGAGGAAGCAGCUCACUCUCCUCCUCGUUGUACCCAUUACUAACACAUUUCCGACAGUGAGCGUGGUUGCCAACUUUCUGCUUUUGCUCACUUGUGUCUCUCCCAGCGUCAAAGACCUCGCCCUCUAUCGCGUCAACGUCACCCGUCUGGCCGAGGACCUGCACAGUCAGGUGUUGAACAAAACAGAAGCUACCUCGCCGAAAGAUCUUCUUCACCCAAAUUUACCAACUUAUUGGUUGUGGGGGAUAUCAGGCAUCUGCGACGAAUAUCCCGACAAAGCAGUUUGUCGACGGAGGUUCUUGCCAACGCAAGAUAUCCUGACACUUGUCGAGCACUCCUUGACAAGCGGAACUGAUGAUGGCACCCAAGAUGAAACCAUCAGCAAGGUCUUGACGACAUGGAACAGCACACUCACCCACCUCGACUCCCCUGAACAGCAUGAUAGGGCAGCAAAAUUCGCCGCAAUAUCCAAAGCUGGCGUCGCCAUCAUCAUUGUCGUCAUCAUCUUGGAUAUCUUGCUGCUUGGUCCAUCGCUUUGGUGGCCUUCGAGCAAAAAGCGUCUGCCCCGUGUUUUCUAUCUCAUUUCCGCUGUCUACGGGAUGAUAGCGAUGGGGGCGGGGAUUGUGGUGGCGGUCGCGUUGCCUCAUGGUUUUCACGUGGCGGUCAUCGCAAGAGAAACUGGGGUGAUGACCCUCAUCAUCCUGUUUGUCGGCGCCGGAAUAAGGCUUGUUACAAGUCUCAUUGGCUGCUGUUUUUCCUGUUGGGACCCAGACAGUUCAGGUCCGUCGAGACUGCCAGAGUGGUCAAGGCGAGGGGGAGUUGGGCAACGGCCGGUAGUGCGACGAAGGGUUAGAUCCGAGAUGACUCUUGCCAAGCAAGCUGUACGCCACGAGGAGAAAAGGGUCAGGUCGGAGACACCCGAGAGUGGCCAAGUCGAGGACAAAGAGGGAAGCAGGUUGAGACCGAGGAAACCACUUGGUGAUCAAGGGACGUACAACGAAAAGAUUGGCUAUCUUGGAGAGAAAUGCAUAUUUGACCUUUUUAGCCUGUACAACCUACCCAACUGGUCCGGUGAGACAAACUGGACCAGCAGUCUACGCAGCCUUCAAAAUCUGUUUGAAGAUUUCCCAAUCCACCAAGAGAAGCACCACGCUGAUUUCACCUAUCACGACACAACGGGGGCAAUGCGUGAAGCGCUCCGUCAAGAGGGGCUACGAGUCUCUCCCAGCUGGUCAAACAACACAAAGUAUCACAUAGAGGUCAAGACCACAGAGGGGAGAUGUUGGACACCGAUGAAAGUGAGCGUCAAUCAGACAAGGCUGAUGGAAAACUACGAGGGUGAUGCGAACAAUGUCUACAUACUGGUCAGGGUGUUUGAUGUGCGAGAGCGUCAUGUGGGGUUGAGGUGGUUUCCCGAGCCUCGGCGGAGGGAGAAUUUGAAGUUUAAAGGGCCGAAAGAGGGCUAUUAUGAGGUUACGACGAAGAAUAUUUACGUGUAA